UAUGCAUCGAUCUGAUAUCUUUUCUCCUUACAGUUUCGAAUCAACCAUAACUAUUUGUAUUUCGCAAAUAUGCGGUUAUAAGAAAUUGAUAGAUGAUAUUACGACUUUACGUAAAUCUCCUUAUCUUUGUGAAAACAACGAGCACGAGGAAAAGUUGCAAAAAUUGUGGAAUCUGCUGGAACCCGACGAACCGCUAGAGGCAAGAGUAACGAAACAAUGGACAACGAUUGGUUUUCAAGGUUCCGAUCCUAAAACUGAUUUUCGUGGUAUGGGUUUAUUAGGUCUUGAGAAUCUUGUCUAUUUCUCUAAAGAGUCUACGGAUCUGGCGAGAAGUGUCUUGCUUCAAUCUAGAAAUCCUGCUCACGAAUAUUCAUUUGCUAUUGUUGGAAUAAAUAUAACUGCAAUGAUUGUUGAUCUAUUAUUGAAAAAUCACUUGAAAAAUCAUUUCUACAAUAGUAUUAUGGGAGAACCAACGAUUGAGGAUUUUCAUAAUAUUUACAUUUGUAUCUUUAAUGAUUUUCACAAGCAUUGGUUGAAGGACAAGCCGGGCAUUAUGAAUUUUAAUAUUUAUAAAGAAAAGUAUCGUCGUAUACUUCUAGAGAAACUAAGGCGCAAAGACUGCGUAUUGACUCUCGGUCAAGCAUCAUAA